CUCUCACUCUCUCUCUCUCUCUACCUUAUCAUCAAAUCUUUACUCUGAUCAAAGAAUGUCUGAGGGAUCAGUAGAAACUAAAACAAAGAUUGAUUCUUCCGGAGAGCAAUCAGAUGUCGAUAACGAGAACUGCAGCAGCAGUGCAAGUGGAGGAGGUGGAAGUAGUGGUGAAACGAAGAGAACUUGCGUUGAUUGCGGAACUUUCAAAACUCCUCUCUGGCGUGGUGGCCCUGCUGGUCCUAAGUCAUUGUGCAAUGCUUGUGGGAUCAAGAGCAGGAAGAAGAGACAAGCAGCACUUGGAAUCAAACCAGUGGAGAAGAAGAAAAACAUAAGCAGUAACAAUGAGCUAAGCCUUGAUCACCAUCCCAAGAAGAAGAUCAACAAAGAUGGUGAUCACAGCAGCAAGACUACUACAAGUAGUAGUAGUAGUAGCAAAGGAGUGAGUGGAUUUUUGGAUUUAGGGUUUAAAGUUCCGGUGAUGAAGAGAUCAUCGGUUGAGAAGAAGAGACUAUGGAGGAAACUCGGCGAGGAAGAGAGAGCCGCCGUGCUUCUCAUGGCUCUCUCUUGCGGCUCUGUUUAUGCUUAA